AUGGAAUCACAAGAACGUGAAGAGGGUGAUGAGCAGCUCAAGGAGAAGGAGAGGCUCCUUGACUUCCUCCGGGCCGCGCCCUUCAAGGCGGCGCCACCAUGGUUCCUCACCCGGCUCGCCUCCCUCCGCGCCACAAAACCUGCAGCUUCCCGCCGCUUACCGGAGUUCGCCCGCUCUGUGGACUGGCGCGCCCUUCGCGCCAAGUGCGUCGCAUGGGCCAGACACCCUAUGAACGCGGCUCUGCUCGUCUGGCUCGCAUUCGUCGCCGGUGGCGUCGCCUUCGUCUUCCUGCUCAUGACCGGGGCGCUCAACUCCGCCGUGCCCGACGCCUCGCGCCGCCGCCGCUGGACCGAGGUGGCCAACCAGGUGCUCAACGCGCUCUUCACCAUCAUGUGCAUCUACCAGCACCCCAGGCUCUGCCACCAUCUCGCGAUCCUCCUCCGAUGGCGCGCCGCCGACGUCGCCGAGCUCCGGUCCCUGUACUGCAAGAACGGCGCCGCCGGCUUGCAGAGCGAGCGCCUCCACGUGGCGUUCGUCGUGAUGCUGCUCCACGCCACGUGCUUCGCGCAGUACGGCUACUGCGCGCUCUUCUGGUUCUUCCGCACCGACACGCGCCCGGACUUGGCCGUCAAUCUCUGCAUGGCGCUGGGCCUCGGCGCCCCCAUCGUCGCCGGCUUGUACAUGGUCUACGGUCCGCUCGGCCGAAAGAUUGUGCUGAUCCCGACGAGCACCGACGACGAGGCUGCGGAGCUGCAGGCUGAGGAGAUGAACGAGAUGGCGAUGACGGCGAAAUGUGACAACAACGGGGUGGCGGUCGCGAAGCCGGCGUGGGCCGGCGGGCUGUUCGACCUCGGCGACGACCCGACGGUGACGGCGCUGUCGCUGUCGUGCACGUUCUGCGUGUUCGGGUGGAACAUGGAGCGGCUGGGUCUCGGCAACAUGUACGUGCACGUCUUCACGUUCGCGCUGCUCUGCGCGGCGCCGGUGCUGGUGUUCGCGGUCGCGGCGCUGAACGUCCACGACGACACGCUGCGGUUCGUCGUCGGCGCCACGGGCGCGUUGCUUUCCGUGCUAGGCCUCAUGUACGGCGGGUUCUGGCGCGCCCAGAUGCGGAGGCGCUUCAGGCUGCCGGCCGAUCGCUGGUCCAUGUGCGGCGGACGGGCCACGGCGGCGGACUACGGCAAGUGGCUAUGCUGCGCGCCGUGCGCGCUGGCGCAGGAGGUGAGGACGGCGAACCUGUACGACGUGGAGGAGAAUGUGUUGUACCUGAGGGAGGUGAAAGGCGGCAACGGCAAGGAGGAGGAGGUGUCUUCCAAACCGGCGGCAAUGGCACCUCUGGAGAGAGAAGGCUGCGUCGUCGCCGUUGAUGCACCGCCGCUGCCGAUCAGAAUCGAGGGAAACGAUGAAUAUUGUUGUGGCGAUGGGCUCCUCGUCGAUAUAGAGAAUUAGAGAUCAUCGCGCAUGCAUCCUCAUUAUUGACUGAAUUAAUCCAAUAAGUUUAGUGCAUACUUUACUCAACAUUUAGAAUCAUCCAGCCUCAUGUCAUGCCGUUCACCGGAAAGGUUUUUUACGCCCACAGUUGGCGCGUCAAGUGAGCGGUAAAAUCUGUCAGCCCAAUUGUUAAUCUCCUUUUUAGCGUUUUCUUUCCCAUUUGUUUUGGACCCUAUAAUACAAAGCAAACGUGCACGGAGUUAGUUUGGGCCUAGACAUGUCAACUUAGGGCAUGAACUGAACAAUGCAGUGUAACUUAAGCGAGUAGCCUUGUGCUCGCUUAGGAUUGGACCACUU